AUGACGUCUUCGGUGGCGACUCAGGCUGAUGAAUCAAUGGCCAAUUCCGAUUUCGAUGUCAAUAUCCUCCAUGAUCCGUUUGAGAAUCCAAACAUUGAUUUGAAAUUCCCUUUGCCCAUCGACAGGGACACGUAUGUUGACGUUGACGACAAUUACGAGUCCCUCAGGCAAUCCUUUAGCAUUCUCAACUCGGCCGUGCGGUUGAUCCUUGGUGGGUCCAAGUACGACAAGAUCUACACCAACAAUGAGUACAAGUACUUUAUCAAUAAACAUUCGGAUGAGUUUCGCGCCAAAUUCAAAAAUUACAUGAACAACAAGUUGGAGCGCGAGGAUGGCAUGCUUGACGAAAUCGUGUAUGGGUUGGUGAAUCAGGAAUUGAACAUGCACUUGAUCAAGGCGAACGAUUUCAAGCAAAGGUUUAAGGAAGUUAAGGAGUAUAUGGUCAACUUGUACAAGCAAAAUAAUGAGAAAAACUUACCAACUUACCCGUCCCACAAUUUUGUCAGGUCUGCAUACGCAACGGUCAUGGCUGUGACUAGAAGGUUGUUCCCCAAGGGGAUCUGGGUCUCGAACCAGGACAUUUCGAACUUGUAUCGGAAAUACCUCGCUGAUCCAAUGUCGGUCAUUUGGGUCCCCUCACAUCAAUCGCACUUGGAUUAUGUGAUUUUGCACUUGGUUUGCAUCAGAUUCCAAUUUGCGACGCCUACACCCAUUGCGGGAGAGAAUUUAAACAUUGCCAUCUUGGGCGGCCUAUUGAGAGGUCUUGGUGCCUUGUUUAUUCCGCGCACUUUCAACAAUGAGCUUUACACCGAGCGCAACUUGAGCAACGCGUUGGAGUUUUUGUUGAAGAACAAGGUCCCCAUCGAGGUAUUUAUCGAGGGGACCCGUUCGAGAGAUGGGAAGUUACUACUCCCCAAAUACGGCAUUUUAAAGACAUUUGUUUCCAUUUACUUAAGACAACGGUUUGAAGAACAUAAUCCAAAGUUCAAUAUCUUGUUCCAACCGGUGUCGCUUACUUAUGAACGUGUUUAUGAAAAUGACGAGUUUUUAAAAGAAUUGAAAGGUGACGACAAAAAGCAGGAGAGUUUGCUUGGAAUAUUGUCGGUUGCCGGAAGUGCUUUCAGCAACAAGAAAGAUGUCAUUAUUCGUGACGAGCAAGGUUUCACUGAUAACAGCACGAGGAAAUUAACGGGCAAGAUUUUUGUUAAAUUGGGUGAAAGCUUCACUCUUGAACAAUUUAUUGAUAACCCUGAGGUUAGAGAGGAAAAAGAUGUCAAUUUGAAGAAGCUUGGUUUUCGGAUCUUGCAUGAGGUGAAUAGAAACUCGUACAUUCCUGAAGUUUCCAUUGUUGGGACUGCAUUACAAGCAUACGUCUAUUUUGCGAACAAGCAGGAGUUUGCAGUGCAAGAGUUGAUUCUCGUGUUUCGCAUCGUUGUUGACGCAUUGUUGCGAGAGAAUGAGUCGUCGACUACAAACAAGACCAUCUUGGAGAACUUGCACGCUUCAUCUGACGAACGAUUAUCGAUGUUGAUUAUCGAGCAAAUCACCAACUUUUUUAGACACAUCAAGGUGAAUGACACAAAGAAUCUUGUUAGAAUUGAAUCCCCAAUUGAGUUACUUUACUACAAGAACUUGACCAUUCAUUUAAUCAUCCAAAGAUGUCUCGUUAUGUACAUCAUCACCUUGCUUAACGGGACCGAGCAUUGCAACAGGAGAAUCAUUGGCAAAUUAUUUUACAUUCUCACUGGUUUCCUUAAAAACGAGUUUCUUUUCGACUAUGAUGAAAAUGAGAGAAACGGCAUGUCGUUUAUCAUCCAGGAUCUCACUGACCUUGGCGUGAUUUCCAAAUCCAAGGCGGAAGACUCUGAGUAUACCAUAUACACCGUCGAUGACCCUGACUUUGUCAGACUAUUUGCCAACUUGGUUCAGCCAUUUUUGGAAUCGUAUGUUGUUUUGAUCACCAACAUUUUGGAAAUGACUAGCAACUUGGCCAGCAACUAUGCUAGAGCCAAGCAACAACAAACGCACGAUCAAAUCAUUCUUGACGACGACGAAUUGAAGUACCCAACAACAAAGGGUCUUCUCAAAUACAUCAUUGCCCAACUGCGGAAAAAGGCGCAGUUCCAAUCACUUGAGUCCAUCAACAAGCAGUACUUGGUGAACGAUUUGUACUACCUCAACAAUUUGCAAUUGAUCAAGAUCUUCAAGAACAAGGCCAAGACCAAGGCGUUUGUCCAGAUUUUGAACCCUAGAGAUUUGCAAGUUAUCAAUAGGUUUUUGAUCCAGUUGUUGCAUGUCAACACCGAGGAAAAGAAUCUCUUAACCGACGAAAUCAAUGUUAACUAUGUUAUUGACAUCACUGAUAAGAACUUUGAUAGGGAUCUCGAAUAUUUAGAAAAACCUCCAACAGUUAGCAGAAUAUGA